CUGAAUAAUGUACUCGUAGAACAAUGUAUUAUUUAAUAUAUUUUAGCAUGCCAAUUUUACUGAACUUAGUGUUUGGGAAACAAAUAUGUUUCAUUCCCAUCAUUCAUCAUUGCUAAGCUUGCAUGUGUGCAAUGUAUUAAGAGUCGGUAGUAAGUACGGGUUUUUUCACUCUGCGGUGGGGUGGUGUUUUUUUUUCGUAGAACGAUACAAUCCCACGGUAAAUGCAGCUGCUGUUACUGGAAGUGAUUUUUUGCUCGUUGAAUGUGCAUUUACCAUGCUGGUGCAUUUCUGUCAGAUGCAAAUUCUGUGUCGCUUGUAGAUGUGUCACUAGUAAAGUGUUCGUUAUUCCGGCAUUGUAAAUGGUUCGAUAGUUCCUAAGGAUGAUUAGUGUAAGUAAAUUGUGUUCAGUUAUUCUUUGUUAACGAUUAAAGAGCAAGUUGAGAAAUUGUGGACUUUUUAAUUGAAUAAUGUGGAACACAUAUCGAUUUCAAUUAGAUUUCCUAAAUAUAAACUAUUACAGCCUACUUAAUUACACCCGGUAAACUUAAUUUAGAUUGCAUCCAAAUAUAGUGGGUUACUGUUUGCCCCAGAAUGUCCUUUUUAUUAGUUAAAUACAAAAAUAUGUAGAAUUUGUACAAUUUUACAUUCAACGGAGACAUGAAAUGUCGAUCAGACUGUAAUGCGCGUUUUUCCUAGAUAUAAAAAUAUGCAGUCCUUAUGCAGCCCUCUAGCGUCGCAGUAAAACAGCAAAGACCGCCGAUAAUGAUGAAGAUUCUGAUUAAGAACUGCAAACCAGCAGGCAGUACAAUAUGUUAAUCUCAACGUCAUCGCCGGUGCAAAAUCCACGUUUCGGGUAAAGGCGGUGGCGGCGGAGCCCCUCGCUUCAAAUGUGCGUGUAUGUGUGCUGUCAAAUGGAGCCCCCUCCCAGCGCCGUGGUGAUGUGUAGCUGCUGGAUCGUAUUGUAACACGGUAUCCGGGUUGGCGGAGGAGUGGUGGGAGUGACCCCAGCGGUGAUUUCCAACGGAGUGGCUCCGAAACAGAAGGACGGUGUCUCCACAGCCGCAGCAAGCAAGAACAGGCUUCGACGUAACUGAGGGUGAUGAACGGGAGCGCGUCCGAAAAAGCGAGCCAUCCAGUCCGAGCAGUAUGGAUAUUUCUUUUUUAAAGUUGUUCGUUUAACUCAAGGAACAUUCGCUACUCUUGCACCACUUAUGAUUUGACACGACACCAGUAACACGUUGCGACCAUGGAAAAGGCGUGCGGCGUCCAUUCGGGGGCUCAUAAAAGCGGCCCGGGAUCGACCUCUUCGGAUCGCGGGAAUUCGACGAAGAAGCUUGGGAGAAGCGGCUCCCACACCCCGAGCUCGGGAGCGGGAUCAGGCUCUGCCAGCAGCCCCGCUGGAGGGGGAGGCAGCCGUGCAGGGACAGCGGGAAACAGCGGGAGCAUGCAGCAGCCUAACAGGCGGCACCUGGAAGGAGUGCUGAGCAAAUACACGAACCUGCUGCAGGGCUGGCAGAACAGGUACUUCGUGUUGGACCCGGAGCUGGAGCAGCUGCAGUACUUCGUGAAUGAGCACAGCCGGACCCAGAAGCCCCGUGGCUGGCUCCCCCUCGCCGGCGCGUCUGUAACCCCAAGCGAUGAGGCGCCGCACAUGUUCACCAUCUACUCAGCUAGCGGCGAGCUCUACAAGCUCCGAGCUUCAGAUGCCAAAGAGCAGCAGUUCUGGAUGAGCCAGCUGCAGGCUUGUGCCCGCCGCCACUCCGACGGCAGCACCAGGGCCACGGUGCCGUCGGGCCGUGCCCGCAGCUUCUCCCUGCUCCCGCACCCCCCGCUCUCCUCCUCGGCCUCCUCCUCGUCUGCCUCGCCCGCCGGCUCCCGGGCCACACCCCUCGCUGGGGCACCCAGCGGCAUCGUCACCAUCACCCAUCACAAGUCCCCGGCGGCGGCACGGCGCGCUCACAGCCAGUACCCAGGCAGGCUUCUGGAGGUCAAAGAGAGUGGCCUUGGAUAUAUGACAUUUCAUGGCAGCCGUGUGGGGCGUGACACACAAACAUUUGUGCUCACGUACCCUUAUAUGAUAAUGAGUCAGGCAGAGGGUCAGCAGAAGACGCUGGUGCAGUCCAUAGAGUCGCUGCCGACCCGCGGGCCCCUCUCCUCGCUGGACCAGGACCUGCUACUGCUGAAGGCCACCUCUGCCGCCACGCUCAGCUGCCUGGGCGAGUGCCUGAACAUCCUGCAGCAGAGCGCAUGCCAGAACGCCCACGGCAACAGCCGCGGCCCGCCCACCGUUUCCGUGACAACCUGCUGUACCUUGGGCAGGUACAGUCAGGCGGAGCGGUCCCACCGACCCGCAAACGGUGUGCCCGGGUGGCUCGGUCCAAAGUCGCCGUCAGCAGAGGAGCAAAAGAACGACACCCGCACCCCGGUCAGCUGGUCUGCUGAGCUGUCCCCCGCUCUCAGAGGCAAAGGGCUGCCCCAGGACUCAGAGUCACCCAGCCCGGAGACGGCCCAUCCCGACGAUGAGGUCACCGACACAGAGGACAAUGAGGAGGAGGACUUGGGCGUCCUGGAUGAGCAGCGCAGUGUCAUCCUGCACCUCCUCUCCCAGCUCAAACUGGGCAUGGACCUCACGCGGGUGGUACUGCCCACCUUCAUCCUGGAGAAGCGUUCCCUGCUGGAGAUGUACGCCAACUUCAUGGCCCACCCGGACAUGUUCCUAGCCAUCACGGCGGCCUGCAGUGCCGAGGAGCGCAUGGUGCGCUUUGUGGAGUACUACCUGACCGCCUUCCACGAGGGCCGGCGAGGCGCCGUGGCCAAGAAGCCCUACAACCCUGUGCUGGGCGAGACCUUCCACUGCUCCUGGGAGGUGCCGCGGGAGCGUGUGCGCCCCCUGCAAGCCAGCCGGGACGCGGCCUCGUCUGACUGCUACCGCGUUCACUUCGUGGCCGAGCAGGUGUCCCACCACCCGCCUGUCUCGGGCUUCUACUGCGAGUGCCGGGAGCGCGGCAUGUGCGUCAACGCCCACGUGUGGACCAAGAGCAAGUUCAUGGGCAUGUCCGUCGGGGUCUCCAUGGUCGGAGAAGGAGUGCUCUACCUCUUGGAGCACGGCGAGGAGUACGUGUUCACGCUACCUUCAGCCUACGCCCGCUCCAUCCUCACCGUGCCCUGGGUGGAGCUCGGAGGAAAGGUCUCUGUCGUCUGUGCCAAGAGCGGCUAUUCUGCCUCCGUCACCUUCCACACCAAGCCCUUCUACGGAGGGAAAGUGCACAGGGUAACAGCGGAAGUGAAGCACAAUCCUACUAACACCAUCAUCUGCAAGGCCCAGGGUGAGUGGAACGGGAUGCUGGAGUUCACCUACAGCAGCGGGGAGACCAAAGCUAUCGACACCUCCAAACUGCCAGUCAUCAAGAAGAAGAUCCGUCCGCUGGAGAAGCAGGGCCAGCACGAGUCGAGGCGGCUGUGGCGGCACGUGACAGCGGCGCUGAAGGAUGGCAACAUGGACAGCGCCACUGAACACAAGCGCCGACUGGAGGAGCGGCAGCGGACCGAGGAGCGGCAGAGGGCGGACGCCAGCACGCCAUGGAAGCCCAAGCACUUCGUCAAAGAGGGUGAGGGCUGGGUGUACCACAACCCUCUGUGGAAGGCGCACUGAUGUGGCAGCUGUCUGUCUACCCCGCUCUACAAGUGGGGCGGGACCUUGGACUAAAGAGGAGGAGCCCAGAACACACCACCCCCCCCACCCCCCCUCCCCCCAUUGGGUGGAAACCUGUGGAGGGCCCAGGGAUGACACAGGGUAUGUCCAGAAGGGACCCUACAGACUAUUCAACACACACUGCUGGUGUGAGAGACUGCCAGACCGGGAAGGGGUGGGGCUCUGCCUCGUAGGCGGGAUCAUUGGUAGAGGUUUUUUAGUAUUCAUUGUAGAGUCUCUCUAUUUUUCACAAUUGCCUAGACCUUUUUUGCACACUAAAGUGAAGAGCCAUCAGCAUCUUGUGCACUAUGUUAGCACCUCCCUUGGGAAAUCUGUGUGGAGGUAGAAGUGAAUGGUAGAAGAAGAAGGACGACAGCGUGUUGGAUGAAGUCAGUGGAAUGUACCCGGCAGGCUGGACAUCCAGCCCAGCGUUCACCAGUCAGCCCAUGCAGAACUCUGGCCUGCCAUUGGAGCAAGAUACGAAAUUCCACCAAUCCCCUCAGCUUGCUCAGUCACAUGACCCAGCUGUGUCCUGCCAGUGGGAUCUGACCUGUUAAAGUCAAAGGUCAGGACAUAUAUCUAGAAGAGGAAUAAUGAUCCUGAUUAGGCCUGCCUGCUUUUACAGUGAUCUCUCAAAAAUCAGUUGAUGUUGUCUGGAUGCAGUAAUAAAUGAAACCCAACAGGACUGACUCAAUGAUCAUGUAAUAGUUUUGUCACUUGACAGGUGCAUUGUGGGGCAGUAGUGGAUGUAGCUGGUGCUCACUGGUCGGUGGUAACACAACAAUCCAUAAUGCCCAUAAUCCAGUUUGGCCAGUUUGAAGUUAGUCUGCUUCCUUUCAUUUGCUGUGGUCACCCUGGUCCAGGAGAGCCCCCUGGUGAAAUUAACAUGGAACUGCAGAUUUUAUGUCUGGAACAUUGGAGACAGCUAGCAGGCUGAAAUUGGAGCAGAAUAUGAUUUUCAGUAUUUAGGAAAAAGAAUGUAAUUCAUUCAUACAUCUCUGAAAUGUGUCCAAGUGUGUCCCUGGAAACAGGAUCAAGUAUAUCAGCAGCAACCAGCUGAGAAUGAGCUCACCAGGACGAGCCGUGAUGUCUGUCACUCAGCGACGCACAAAUGUAACAGCACACACAUGGAAAACUGCUUUAGCAUUACGAUGCCUUGUUGUGUCAGAAUGGUUUUCUUUUGUCUUACAUUUGUCUGGUCUUCUCGCCGGAAGUUGUCCUCUUGUCCGCUCUGUGUCAGGCGCCGGGGUAAAGACGGCAUUAAAACCCAAGAAUCAGCGUGUCGCUGACUACCUGCUGCGUUCUGUGUUUUUGUUGAGUUUACGCUCUUCGGGGCCCAGGUUCAGACCAUCAUAACACCACAGCAGACCGCUACUCCGGAUUUUCCAGCUCGCCAAAGUUUGCAUGGAAAACCUGCGAAGAAGCCAGUUCCCUCUCUAGAGAGCAUCCUUUGGCAGUCCUGGUCCCCUUCGUGAAAUCAUUCUUAUCCUUUUAUUGGCGUCUUGCUUGACGGGUGGUGUAAUUAGCAGCAGGUAAGAUACAACACCUUUUGGCUGACUCACGACAGGUUAGUUGAUAGGGUGGUGCUAAUUGUGUGACUGUUCAUUGUCAGUAGGUCCCCCCCCGGACACAAAACAGAACUGGACUCUUCCGUUAAGGGACAGAAUAUUCUUGGCUUAGUCGCAGCAAUAGAUGCUUUACUAUUUAUUUUUUUGUUUUGGUGUCCAAAAGGGGAUUAUAUCCGUGAAACCAAGCAUCAUGUAGCGCAGGCUGGGUGAGCCGGCCCGGCCCUGCUGCUGCCUGCAGGGGGCGACAGAGACCGAAAUGUGGGAAGCCGGGCAUGCGGGAGGUAGAGUUUCUGCAUUAAUCAGUUGCCAUCUUGUUUGUCAUCUCCCAUGCAGGAUCAUCCACCCCCAAGCACUGUGUUUAAAUCUGGUGUUUUAUAAAUUAUAAUUGCAGGCAAGGAUCACUGAUGUGUACAGAUGUGUGUCACUGGAAUUUUGUCUGUUUUUAAUACUGAACACCUCAGUCAUUCAGUAGUGAUCUGAUCCUUGUGGUCCUGCAGAGUCCCCGCUGAGAGGCCCAGUUGGGGAGGGGGGGGGGCACACGCCUGACAUUCCUCCUGCCUUAUCUCGGCACUUCCAGUGGAGGGGGCCAGCAGUACCCCGACGAGCCACAGGGAGUCAGGCCUCCCUGUCACACUACGGCCACUGAUUGCUCCGGAACUGGUGCUGCCCCCUGAUGGCAAUGUUCUGUACGGCAGGCAUUUCCUGUCCCCAUAGAUGUAAGUCUUUCCGGAGCAGGCCGGCCCUUCUAGCUGGGCGAAAGGUGAGCCUGAGCCAGGACUGAGAUGUUCUGAAUGUAUGUACGUACCUAAGUAUGUGUAGCACUUGUUUUAGUAGUACAACAGUGCAAUGUAUCCACAGCCAAUGAGCUUGAAGCAGCCUCCCCCCAGGCGCCUGUGUAGAACCUAUGCAACAGCUGACAUGUAAUGACGUAGUUCUGGGACAGAAGGGUGUUUACGCAGUUGUUUUUGUUUAAAUAAAGACACCACACUGAU